AUUGCUACAACUAAAUCCUUGCAGAGAAUCUCAUCCCAUCAAAGAAUCCAAUCCGUUAAAGCAGUUAAAGGCUUCUAUUAACUCACUUAUCUAUCCUUCCACCAAAACUAAACUCACCACAACAACAACUCUCUCAGCUUCACAUUCCCUUCACUUCUAGGCCUUAACUGAGUAGCUGAUGGCCUUGUCAAGUCCACAAAUACAAAGGUUCCUCUUAAGCAAGCUCCAUAGCCGCUCCACCUUCAAGAACACUCAGAGAAACAUCUUUACCAUCACGAGCAGAAGCCAGUGCUGCUCUGCCAUAACCAUUGAUGCCCCAUCAUCUUUGGCUGAGGUGCCUUGUAUAAGAUGGGGAUCCAUAGCUUUGCAGGGUCUCCGCGAAGAGAUGGAAGAUGAUAUUAUUGUUCGACCUGAUGGACUUGAAGGCUUCUCUUUUGCAGCUGUUUUUGAUGGGCAUGGAGGGUUUUCUUCUGUUCAGUUCCUCAGGGAUGAGUUAUACAAGGAGUGUCUUGAAACUUUACAAGGUGGGCUACUAUUAGUUGAGAAAGAUUUCAAAGCCAUUCAAGAAGCAUUACAGGAAGCAUUUGUCAAAGCUGACACGAGGUUGUUAAAAUGGCUUGAAAUGAAUGGAGAGGAGGAUGAAUCAGGUGCUACAGCUACUACGGUGUUCAUAGGAGAUGAUAAACUACUCAUUUCACAUAUUGGUGACUCAUCUGUGGUUCUAUGCAGAUCUGGAAAAGCAGAAGUGCUGACAAGUCCACACCGACCAUAUGGGAGCAACAAGGCUUCUCUUCAAGAAAUCAAAAGAAUCAGAGAAGCAGGUGGAUGGAUUGUCAAUGGUAGAAUUUGUGGAGACAUUGCUGUAUCUCGUGCAUUUGGGGACAUUCGAUUCAAAACAAAGAAGAAUGAGAUGCUGCAAAAAGGAGUUCAGGAAGGAAGAUGGACAGAAAAGUUUAUUUCUCGUGUACAGCUCAACAAUGACUUGGUUGUUGCAUGCCCUGAUAUUUAUCAAGUUGCUCUUGGCUCAGACACAGAAUUUAUAGUAUUAGCAUCUGAUGGCUUAUGGGAUUACAUGAGCAGCUCAGAAGCAGUUUCUUUUGUGAGGGAUCAACUACGACAACAUGGAAACAUUCAGCUAGCUUGUGAAGCUCUUGCACAAGCCGCAUUGGACCGACGUACACAGGAUAAUGUCAGCAUUAUAAUUGCCGAUUUAGGGCGGACAGAUUGGAAGAAUGUGCCACUGCAGCAACAAAAUAUUAUAUUUGAGCUGGUCCAAGCCGUUGCCACUAUGGGAAUUGUGUCUAUUGGAAUCUUUUUCAUCACAGCUUUCUUUAUAGAUUAAACAAAUGCCAGUAAUGUAUAUAUUAUAGACAGACUUACAUCUUAGAAUCUACUUUGGUUUAGGGCACUAAGGACUUGUUAAUUUUUUUUUGAAGGGUUCAUUUUAUACUGUGAUUCUAUAAUUCAGUUAUUGUUUUGCA